AUGGAUCGUACACCUACCUCGUUCCCAUCCUCUCCAGUGGCUCACUCCGCGCGGGAUGAUCAAAGGUUACUCAAAGCUUCUCCGGCCUACCCAUCACCUGCGCCUAUCCCGCUCGAUAGAUACGAUUUCCAGUCGUUGUCCGGGUUAGGAAUCUCAAAUUGUGGAACAGGAUCCCCCUCAAGCCAGAUCAGACUCUACCCGUGUCCGGAGCAAUAUGCACUUUCAACGAGCAACUGGUCCGACCCAAUAACGCAUUCCCCAAACAUCCUCGAAACCCCUCCAGACGCCAGUCGGUUCCCGCCCAGUACGCAUUACGAGCCAUUCGGUAGCCAUGCAGAUAUCUCAGUAUCACCCAGUUACAGCCCAGUUAUGGAUUUUGGUGCGAUGCAUGAUGAAAUUCCUCGCUUCUGGCCUAACACUCCUACCUCAGAAACCAUGGCAGCGUCAGAAGGCUGGUCCAAUGUGGACGUCUGGGAAUCAUCUUUCCUGGAUGAUUCAACCAAUACAAUGGUCUCCAGAAUGCCAGAGAUCCCUCGACUCCAACUCAACACCGCGUAUCUGCAUCCCCAACGACCGGAUAAUACCCUCACUGAGCUGGACCCGAGUCAAAGUGCCGCGCCGGAUUUGGUCCCUGAUGAGGCAAUCUCCAAGUGGAUCGAAAAUGUUAGCGAAUCGCCCCAUGGAGAACAAUCCAAGAUACCGUCAGCAAGUGGCUUAGAGUGUCCCACGUGUGGUGUCCGCUUCACACGACGCUCUAACUGUAAAGAGCAUAUGAAGAGCCAUGACCCUAACUACGUAAGGCCACAUCCGUGCGAGACCUGCGGGCGGGAGUUUAGGCGGAGAACUGAUCUGAAGAGACACGUAGAUAGUAUCCAUCGGGGAAUACGCAAGUAUGGCUGUGAGAAGUGUGGUCGGCGCUACAGUCGACAGGACACAUUGUCAAGACACCAGUCGGACGGCUGCGAUGGAAGAAUCCGGAAGACACGAGCUUCCCGAAACGACACAGAUGCGCCAUACCCCACUGAUGACUAUUACGCUUCACCACACUAA